AAUUAUGUCACAUAAUAUAUAAUGUAAAUCAACAGGACCAAUGUAUUUUAGAGGAUUCUACCAUUUUUUCUACCAAUACAAUCCAAAAGGAGCAGUAUGGGGCAACAUUGUUUGGGCACAUUCAGUAUCAAAGGAUUUGAUGAACUGGGAAGCCCUGGAACAUGCCAUAUCCCCUUCUAAGCCAUUUGACAUAAAUGGAUGUUGGUCAGGUUCAGCCACAGUACUCCCAGGUAACAAGCCAGUAAUUUUGUACACUGGAAUUGACCCUAACCAAAACCAAGUCCAAAACUAUGCUGUGCCUAAAAACUCAUCUGAUCCAUAUCUUAGAGAGUGGAUUAAGCCUGACAACAAUCCAAUAGUCUUCCCUGAUGCCGGCGUAAACGCCAGCGCAUUCCGUGAUCCAACCACUGCUUGGCUAGGCAGAGAUGGGCAUUGGAGGAUGUUGGUUGGUGGGAAGAGGAGAAAGAGAGGUAUGGCUCAUUUGUAUAGGAGCAAAGAUUUCAUUCAUUGGGUUAAGGCACAACACCCUUUACAUUCUAUGUCUCACACUGGUAUGUGGGAAUGCCCUGACUUCUUUCCAGUUUCAUUGUCUAGUAACAAUGGAUUGGACACUUCUUUUAAUGGAAAUGGUAUUAAGCAUGUUUUCAAAGUGAGUCUUGAUCUGACUAGAUUUGAUUACUACACAAUUGGAACAUAUAAUGUCAAGAAAGAUAGAUAUGUUCCUGAUAAUGGAUCUGUUGAUAGUUGGGAUGGAUUGAGAUAUGAUUAUGGAAACUUUUAUGCCUCGAAAACAUUUUAUGAUCCUGUUAAGAAGAGGAGAAUAUUGUGGGGUUGGGCUAAUGAGUCUGAUGCUCGUGUAACUGAUGUCCAAAAGGGAUGGUCUGGAAUACAGGCUAUUCCAAGGACAAUAGUGCUUGAUCCUAGUGGAAAACAAUUGCUACAAUGGCCUAUAGAAGAAGUUGAAACUUUGAGAGGGCAGGAAACAGAAAUAAAAAAUGCAAAAUUGAAGAAAGGAGAUAUCAUUAAAGUGAAAGGAAUCACUCCUGCUCAGGCGGAUGUGGAUGUCACAUUUUCAUUUCCAAGCUUGGAAAAAGCUGAAAAAUUGGAUACAAAAGGAUGGGAUACUGCCGAGGCCCUUUGUGGUAAAAAGGGUUCUCACAUUGCUGGUGGUGUUGGACCAUUUGGACUACUGACUUUAGCUUCGGAAAAGCUAGAAGAGUUCACUCCUGUCUUCUUUAGAAUAUUCAAAACUACUGCAAAUAAACAUAAAGUGCUGCUGUGCUCCGAUGCAAGGAGCUCUUCCUUGGGGAGUGAUGGGGGUGUGUACAAGCCAUCGUUUGCAGGUUUUGUGGAUGUAGAUUUAGCUGAUAACAAGCUUUCGCUUAGAAGUUUGAUUGAUCAUUCUGUGGUGGAAAGUUUUGGUGCUGGAGGGAAGACUUGCAUUACCUCUAGGGUUUAUCCUACCAUAGCAGUUUUUGAUAAAGCUCAGUUGUUCCUUUUCAACAAUGGCAGUGAGACUGUUACUGUGGAGAGUCUCAAAGCAUGGAGCAUGAAUAAACCUCUAUUGAUGAACAAUAACUGAGAGUGUGAGAGUACUGUGAUUGUUCUAGCUAAGGGUUUUACUUUUAGGUUGAGCUUAUAUUUUAUUAAGUACUAUGUGUCAAAUCAAUGAGCUUAUUUGACUAAAUGUUUGUUUUAGAUUCUAGUACUGCCUGUUUUAUUUUAUCUUUCCGUGUAACCUUUUUUAUAUAAAUAAUAAUUUUGGUUUUACUUUUGAAUAA